CGUACAUACAUAUGCUUCAGCAAGCUCAAUACCAGUACUGAACUUAGCGAAUAUCAGUAGGAGAGGUUCUAAGGUCGUGUAUCUGUCCUACAACAUUGGUUAAGUACUACUUGUUUCGGGAUAAGGCAAGACGCACGUACAGAUUUUUACAUCAACUCGAUGGACAGGCAGCCGAACGUACCGGUAGUAUGGGAAGAUUCAAACGUUGCAUCUGGCGUUUUUUUGCUUCCGGAAAUCCUUGAUCGUAUCUCCAGCUAUAUGCCCAAGAACGAGGUAGCCUGUACGCUGCGCCUAGUAAACAAGGUUACGGCUGCGCACUUUGACCGUCCGGGAGAUCGGAUCGUCCGUGUGUCCGAGCUGGUUCCGCACCAUGCCUUCGUUGCUCGCUAUGGCGACCCAGGCAUUAGGAAGCGAUUGGACUUCAACACGCGGUUGCAACUGCUGCGCCUGGUCGCGCGUAGCGGCAGUAUCCCUAACCUGGCAUUCGCAAUCGAAGCAAUGGGGAUCGUGCUGGCUGAGAAUCCACCGGCGUGUUUGUUUUCGGAAGCAGCAGCUGAAGGGCACCUGGACGUCUGCAAAUGGCUGCUGCAGCAAGGCUAUCGCUGGAAGCGCUGUGGUAGCGCACUGUCAGCAGCUGCUAGAGCAGGACAUCGAGUCAUGUGCGAGUGGCUGCUUGCAAAUGGGCACCCCCGGAGCAUAGAAGCGCCUGCUGCUGCUGCUGAAGGAAGCCAUAUCGGCCUGAUGGAGUGGCUGGCGAAACAGCAUCAGCGCAGCGCCCAGUCCAUCGGCAUCAUCCGAACAAGCACCCUGAAGGGCAUUGCAAGGGGCUGCAGCCUGUCGGUCCUUAUGCAGCACUUCGCAGCAGGCGAACCAAUUGAAGACGAUCAUGCCAAGGCAGACGUCCUGGCCGCUGCGGCCUCCAGCUCCACGUCCGAUUGGCGGGCCAAGGUGGAAUGGUUGGAGCUGCAAGGCUACCCGCUGGCCCGAGCCGCCUGCACUGAAGUCCUCAACAGGAUCAGCCCGGCGGAAGACGCGAUGGACCGGCUGCGGUGGCUGCGGGGGCGCGGUUAUCCAGUGGACGACGAAACCGCAGAAGCAGCAGCAUACGCGGGCAAUGUCGCCGCCCUGCAGGAAAUCCUGCUGUGGAACGGCUCCAUCCAACUGGGGGAAAUAGAUUUGGGUUUCGUUGCCUCAAGGGGCCACUUGGAUGUGCUCAAGUUCCUGCACCAGCGGGGCUUCCAUCCUGACAGAUAUGAUGCCUGGAACGCGGCCAGGGGUGGCCGCCUGCACGUGCUGGAAUGGCUGUUUGAGGAGGUUGGUCUGGCGGAUGUGGAGGGCCUGCUGGGCCAGGCUGCCAGGUCGGGGAGUGUGGAGCUGAUGGCAUGGCUUCAUGCAAGGGGAGCUCACAUGGAGGAGGAUGUGAUGUGUGGGGCUGCGGAGGCGGGCUGUGAAGAGACGCUGGAGUGGCUAGCCGAGCACUACGAUAUCCAAGCCGUCCCUGCACAGCCAUGCGCCUAUUAUGUGGCCUUGGUAAACGGGGACAUGGCCACACUGCGUUGUCUGCGGCGACUGGGCUGCCCCCGGGACAGCAGCUGCGACGCGCCGUACCUGAGCACCUGCGCGGAGAAGAAGUACCCGCAAUGGGUGAGUGAGUGGCUGCUGCGGG